CCCGAGCGGUGUUUGGCGCGCAGCAGCUGGACUGCCUCAAGCCCGCUCUUGCUCCCUCUCUCGGGGAAAUGGCCCGCCCCCGGCGCGGUGCCCUCAGGCAGCCCACUCUUUGUGUGGUGCGGGGGAGGGGGCGGGAACCGCCGCGGGCAGACGUGAUGCCCGUCGGGGAGUGGGCCGGGCGCCCUCAGGGGCCGAGGGCUAGGCGCGGAGGCCCGCUCACGGCUCUCGAAACUCGUCUGCGACCCGUGUGAGUGGCGGCGGGAGGGGAAGGGCCUGUCUGGGGGUCGCCGGCCCGCCGGGCGCACGGAAAUAACUUUGAAACUCGAGCGCGUUGGGAAUCGGAAGUGCUGGGGGGCGCGUGUUGGGGCGCGGGCCGGCCGCGGGAAGUGGCGGCGAGCGCCCGCCGGCCGCGCUGCUCUUUGUUCGGCGCCAGGCUGCCGGUUUCGCGCCCUGCAGCGGACCUGAGGUGGUUUAUCUGGACUAAGCCCCGAUAAGGCGGAUGGGGCGACGGGCCGGUUGGCCGCGACGUCGGCAGUCCCCGCGGAGAUGUGACGGGCUUAUCCGCUUUGGGCGCUCUGGGAGGCGGGGGUGGGCGCCCUUCGAGGUGAGUGCGCCGGGAGCGGCCGCCCAGCUUCAGUCAUGCACCCGCGGUGCCGGGCUUGGCUGAGGAGGCGAGAGCCCACGCGCCGCAGGCAGGAAAGAGAAAGUGAAGCACGGCGUUGGGGCGACGAUGGGCGCCCCCCGCGGCUGCCCGGGAGUACCGUGUGCGCCGCAGCUCGGGGCGACGCGGGCCAACACGGCGGCCGCGACAGGCCGAUGGUAGGGUCGAACGGGGGGGGCGCCCGGGCCCCGUGGCUGGUUCAUCGCCCUCGGCUGUGAGGUCCUGCGCGGCUGGCGCGGCUCCGCUCCUGUUGUCGGCGCCGCCUCGGUCCCACUACCCGCCCUGGGUAGCGUCUCCGCCCUCGGCGGGAGUGCAGCGCUCUCAGACUGACUGGCUUUUUCUUAAUCUUUCGGCUCUCGUCCGAGCCCCUCGUGCCCCUGCGGGGAUUGGCGCGAGUCACCUUGGCGUCUCCUUAACUCUUGUGCCCCUGGCGUCACCUCUGGCUCUCCCAGGGGCGACUUCUUGGCAGAGCGGAGCUCGGGCCCCGCAUCUCCGUAGGGGCUCUCAGUGACCCCUUCUGGGCUCAGUCCGGGAACCAGUUUGUUGGGGGAGAACACCUUCCCCAUUGCGGGGCCUGGGUGUUCGAUUUUCUGUGAGGCACCGAAAGGUGACUUUCCGCGAGGGCGAUGAAGUAGCCCAAGAGGCGCAUCCCCGACGGUCUCGGACCUAAGCAGCCCGGCGGACUUCGGGGCGACCUCCCGCGGGACUUGGCCCGGCAAAUGCAGACAUUCGGGCCUGCCGCGGUGGCGGCAGUGGGGCGUCGAGUCGAGAGGCCAACCGACCGACGCACCACCCGCGCGCUUGGCACUGUGCGCUCUGCCUAUCCGCCCGAGUCUCCAAGGCAAGGGACGCACUCGGCGGCCCCGGGCCACGUGCUCUCUGCGCGCGGUGCGUGCCGAGGCCCGCGCGCAAAGCCCGCCGGGCGGGGGAUGCGCGCCUGCGCGCCGCGACCUCCCUGCCCCCACAACUCCCCGGGACUUUGUCCGCCAGGGGGCGAGAGCGGGCGGAGCUGGGGUCCGGGGAGCGGGGUGGGCCGGACGGAGAGGGCCGGCAGGUGGCCCGGGGCUGCUCGCCGGACAGCGGCCGAGGGGCUCCCGCAGGCCCCGACACCUGUUGGUAUUGGCGGCUGUGUCGUGUGGAAAAAAUUACCGGGCGCCCCGGGGCGGUGCUGCCUUUUGGAUCCUGGGCGGAGUCCCACUCGCUAGGUGCGGUCGGGACCCCUAGCCGUCGCGGGGAGGCCGGGACUUGGUUACUCCGGCGGCAGGCCCCGGCCUGGGGCACCGCCAAGCAGCGGUUUGCAGCCUCUAGGAAUAG